AUGACACAGUGUAAAGAGCUGCCACGAACAGCCCCGGUUACAGCAAUCAGGGAUACAGAGUAUUGUCAGUCAUACAUUGUGCAGCCUAUAGAUACACAGAGGGCAUGUCUGAUAACAUACCAUGAACGGCUACAGCAAUAUAUAGCAGGCCGCAGGCCGGGGACUCGCCUGGAGGAGUGCCACUCGGUGUCUCAGCGCCAGUUAACCUGUCUGUGUACUGGGAGAAUGUGACCCCAGAUUCUCAGAGGCAGAGAAACCUACAGAGAGCGGUAAUAAUAUUAAUAACAAAUAUCCGAAGCCAGAGACCCGGACUGCACUACACACCGUGUAUCACAUGCGACAGACCGACAUUGCAAGAAGCCGAGGCUUGGAACGCAUCACUAUGCGACGUAAACAAAAGGACGCGAAAGGCAUUGUGGGACGUAAACCUGCACCGAUGUCGUCACGGCCUGUAGGGAGCGCCAUCUUUGAUUCUGGCUAG